AACGAUUUGAGGAAGAUUUAGUACAGAAUACAAUGUUCAUAUAAAUAUACUAAUUAAGUCGGCAUACCACAUCGGGAACAGUCAUUGUGCGAGGAGCUUCAGUACCGCUACCAUGUGGGGAACUACGAUAACUAUUGUUUUGCUUUCAUUUGCUCCUUUUGUUCUGACGCAAAAUGCGACGACACCACCAAAUAACUAUACGGCGUGUUCUAAUUCUACUGAAAUCAAAGAAAAGAAUAAUGAAAUAAAGACCUGUUUCAAAAACAUCGUGAACAAACAUUUAGACAGUGCCUACCAUGAAGAUUGUACCAUUCCCAAAUUGGAACAGAACAUAAAAGCGCAUUGGACUGCAUUGAAUGCAACAUGUGGACAAAAUUUUCUAUACAUAAAUACAACGACUUUCAUGAAGUAUAUUGAGUUCAGUUUGAGCAACCAGACUUUUAAAGAAUUUUACGGCGACUUGAACUGUGUAAAAACGUUAGAAAAAAAUAUAACCGCAUGCGUGGUACAUAAUGUUAGACAUAUCAACAUAAAUGAGAGGAGGAAACACUCUUAUUGGUUCCAAAAAAUGGACUUGGCAUAUGCUAAAAGGAACUGCGAUAAAAAUACUAUGAUUAAAGAAUGCGUAUUGAAAGUUUUGAGCACAUGUAAACCAAGUACAAGCAAAUAUGUAUCUUCAUUGUUUGACUUAGCGCACAGUCAAUGUUCCAACUUCAAGAAUUUGGGGUCUAAUGCCGCUGCCGCCACUCCACCGUCAUCACACACAACAUUGAUUAUUAUUUCAAGUUUAGUCGGAGUCGUUCUUUUGAUAAUCGCCGGUGUUCUAAUCUGGAUAAAGAUUAAAAAAUAAUGCUCUUGCUUAGAUUUAAGUAAUAAGUAUAUUACUAUAAGUUUACUUAAGUAUAAUUAUUAUUGUUUUAAUCUAACUUAUUAGGCUCUACGCACCUUACCAUUUAACUGUGCAGUUUUGGGUACCUUUCUUUAUAAGGGAGGGAAAUCAUCCAAUGAUUUCUCACGCCUUGUUUUAAGUAGGUACCUAGCUGUAUAAUAAAGUUAAAACUGACUGUUGAAGUCGGACUGUACCUACUGUGUUAAAACUACCUGGCGAAGUCGGACUGUAGGUACUGUGUACCAAAUGUACAGUCCAACUGUACAGUUAAACUACAUAAGCCUUGUGUGUACCGUGCUUAAACUUACUUAGUAGAUUUUGUAGCCAAUAUUUUGGUUAAACAUGUUCCACUGAUGUUGAUAGCUGAUGAAUAAAAACUUUAAUGAAUAAAAUUAAAGUUUGCACUGUUACUAAUAAAAUUAUAUUGAUACUUGCAAGAUUUCGAACCCAUUCACGCAUUCUCAUAAUAAUUAAAAAUCUUUACCCACCAAGCACCGGGCAAUCAUGACGUUUGAAAAACAAAAAAAAAAAACAAUAUUUUUAUAAAAGUAUAUUAAGUAAGUCAUAGUAAUAUUAUAAUAAAAAGGUAUUAAUAAUCUUCA